CUGUUACUACUCCCUCUCACUCUUUCCAAUCCACUAUAAAAACAACUCUCUACACCUUUUUAAACUUGUCUCAUUUUUAUAUUUAGAUUUAUAAUCCUUGAGUUUGAGUGUUUUUCCCUUUUUUGGGGUGGUCAGCAACAUCAUAAGCCCAGAUUUUUAACAACGGUACGGACGAAAUGGCAGAAGGUAUACCGGAUAAGAGUAUCCUCAAAUCCCCAGCCCUUCUAGAGUACAUCCAUGAAACAUAUGGUUAUCCAAGAGAACACGAACAGUUGAAGGAGCUAAGGGAAGCCACCGUCAAGACAUAUAAACUAUGGAGUCCGAUGAGUGUGCCAGUGGAUGAAGGACAGCUUAUAUCGAUGUUUCUGAAAGUGAUGAAUGCAAAGAAGACUAUUGAAAUUGGAGUUUUUACUGGUUAUUCUCUUCUCACAACUGCUCUUGCUCUUCCUCAUGAUGCCAAAAUAACAGCUAUUGAUCUAAAUCGAGAAGCAUAUGAAGUUGGAUUCCCAUUCAUUCAGAAAGCUGGUGUUGACCACAAAAUUAACUUCAUUGAGUCUCAGGCUUCCUCUGCCCUUGAUGAUAUCAUUAACGAUGAGAAAGAAGUAGGAAGUUUUGAUUUUGCAUUUGUGGAUGCUAACAAAGAUGGGUACAUAGAAUAUCAUGAGAUACUUAUAAAGCUGGUUAAGAUUGGAGGAGUGAUCGCAUACGACAACACCCUAUGGUAUGGAUCUGUGGCACUCUCUGAUGAAGACGAAAUGGAUGAUUUUCUUAGAGGAACCAGAAAAAUCAUGAGAGAGCUUAAUACCUUUCUAGCCAACGAUCCUCAUGUUGAGACAUCACUUGUUUCUAUUGGGGAUGGACUCACCCUAUGUAGGCGUCUCUAUUGAUCAUUCAUGAGAUCAAGUGCAUGUGAUUGAAUAUUUAAGUCUUAAAUUAUAAUAAAUGAGAUGCUUGCUACUCUAA